CAUAUCUAUAUAGUUGGCGAUGACAGUGUUGAGGGUUGUUUGCCAUUUGUAGACUUAAUGACAGAUGAUGGAUCUGCAUUUCCUAAGGAUAUCAAAAUUAACCCAGUAGAAGACGUGGCUGUAUUACCAUAUUCUAGUGGCACUACUGGACUACCAAAGGGAGUUAUGCUGACUCACCACAACCUCAUUGCUAGUUGUGAGAUGGGGGUGUCUAAUGAGCUAAUUAAGGUGUCCGAUAGUGAUGCCAUUAUCUGGGUACUUCCGUUGUUUCAUUUAUCUGGCAUACUUGGAGUUUUACUCAUCAGCAUGAAACUAGGGAUUACAAUUGUGACGCUGUCUAAGUUUGAGCCUAAAGUAUACCUAGGUCUGGCUGAAAAACACAAGGUUACUUGUUUGGUCAUUGCCCCGCCUAUUGCCGUGUUUUUGAUCAAGCACCCAAUGGUUGAUGAAUAUAAUCUUUCAAGUGUAGACAACAUCAUAUGUGGAGCCGCUCCACUAGGAGCUGGACACGUGAAAUCAUUGCAGAAAAGAUUAAAUAACGAUCAUCUUAAAGUGAGACAAGGAUAUGGUAUGACAGAGACCGCUGGAAUAUCAACACUUUGUGGCAUGAACGAUAAGUGUGUUGCUGGCUCAGUUGGUGGAGUAGUGGCAGGCUGCCUAGCUAAGGUGAUUGAUAUUGCAACGGGAAAGAUCCUUGGAAUUGGUCGAGACGGUGAGCUGUGUUUUCGUGGUCCUCAAGUAAUGAAAGGUUACUUGAAUAAUGAAGCGGCAACAAAGUCAACUAUUAUCGAUGGCUGGAUACAUACAGGAGAUAUUGGUCAUUAUGAUGCUGAAGGAAAUUUCUUCAUAGUAGACAGAUUUAAAGAACUCAUAAAAUUCAAGGCGUUCCAGGUUGCACCAGCGGAAUUAGAAGAUAUAUUAUUAACCCAUCCUGAAAUACAAGACGCUGCUGUGAUCGGUGUACCUGAUGAGUAUGCUGGUGAACUCCCUAAAGCAAUUAUUGUGUCAAAAACUGACACGCUUACCGCAGAAGACGUUGUUAGAUUUAUAGACGGACGUGUUGCCUCAUACAAACAACUUAGAGGUGGUGUUGAGAUUGUGAAGGAAGUUCCAAAGUCACCAAGUGGGAAGAUAUUACGGAAACUACUCAGAGACCGCGAAAGACAAGCAUCAAAAAAGAAAUAUUGA